AUGGGUGGAGAAACUGAGACAUUGGCUUCUGCUAGAUAUGGAUAUCAGCAAUUUUUGGCCGAGAAACAGCAGCUAUGGCUGAGAGAACUGUGUUGGAAAGCUUUUUCUAUCAAUUUGCAUGGGAAGGAGGAUGGGGUUCACAGAGAUUAUGAGGAGAUUGAAGUUGGUUUGUCAAACAUUGCAGGUUCAAUCAUCAUGUCAUUUGUUCAUGCAAAGUGCACAAUAGAGGAGCGGAGAUACUUAUGGAGCAACUUAUUAGCUAAUAAGCCUAAUUCUCAUCCAUGGUACAUUGGGGGUGAUUUUAAUGUCAUAACGGCGCCGCAUGAAAAACGUGGGGGUCGUCCAUUUGCUGUAGAUGAGGGAAUGGAAUUGGUGUCAUUCAUGGAAGAGGCUGGGGUUCUUGAUGUAGGUUUUUCAGGAUCUAGCUUCACAUGGUGCAAUAAUCGGAGAGCCAUUUCCGUUACUCAUUUGGUAAGACAUCCCUCGGAUCAAGCACCAUUGAAGAUUUCGUUUGUAUCUCGGUUAGAUAAUAAGCAACGGCCUUUCCGUUUCUUGAAUGUCUGGACGGCUAAACCAGAACUUUUGGAGGUGAUUAGAAAUGCCUGGGAUCAAGAAAUUAGUGGUUCUACCUUCCGGGUUCUAUGCUCUAAAUUAUUGGCAACGAGGAGGGCUAUUCAAGCUUGGAACAAGUACAGUUUUGGAAAUAUUUCGAAGCUGUUCAAAAGGCGAAAGUUGCGGUACAACUAG